GCUUUCGUUUUGUCACAUUUCUAUUGCUCAUUUCCAAAAUUUAUGCCUUAGUUUUAAAUCAAAUCCAACCCCUAUUUUUUAUUUUUCUUCCAAAGAAAGAAAAGAUGAUACGUGUACUCACCAAAACGGCACCGUUGGCCGCAGUUAUUUAUUUCUAGUUAUAAAUACCAAGAGAAAAAUACCAUACUGCCCCGCACCGUUAUAUAUAAUUCUCAAAGGAGAAAUCGGAAAAAAACAGAAAAAGUAAAUCUGAGCUCAACUACCUCUCAUCUUCUCCGACCACCGCGAUGCCGCCGGAGAUGCCGCCGGCGCCUCCGCCACCUCUGCAAACUUAAAAAUUCUCCACUCAUCUCACAUUUUCCAGCAGUUUAACGAGAAUGUCGGCCUCCAAUUCCGCCAAGCAAGCCAAGGCACGUGACAUGAAGCAACGCGUGCUCACGUGCCUCCACAAGCUAGCCGACAGGGACACGCACUCCGCCGCCGCGUCGGAGCUCGAAUCCAUCGCCAGGACGCUCCCCGCCGACGCGCUCCCCUCCUUCAUCUCCUCAGUCGCCGCCACCGACGCCUCCGACAAGUCACCCGUCCGCCGCCAGUGCCUCCGGCUGGUCUCGAUCCUCUCCGAGCACCACGGGAACUCGCUCUCGCCCUACCUCUCGAAAAUCCUCUCCGCCGUCGUCCGCCGCCUCCGCGACGCCGACUCCUCCGUCCGCUCCGCCUGCGUCGCCGCGUCACUAUCUCUCUCCUCUCACGUGACCUCCCCUCCGUUCGCGUCCGUGAUCAAGCCAUUCGUCGAAUCGCUGUUCACGGAGCAGGAAACGAACGCGCAGACCGGCGCGGCUUUGUGCCUGGCGGCGGCGAUCGAGGGAUCGAGGAAUCCGGACGCCGCGAGCCUGAGGAGGUUGCUGCCGAGGAUCGAGAAGCUGGCGAAGAGUGAGAGUUUCAAGGCGAAGCCGGCGCUUCUUGCGCUGGUGGGGAGCUUGGUGGCGGUGGACGGAGUGCUGCGUGGCGGCGGAAGGAAUGUGGUUUGGAAUUUGCUGAAUUUGUUGGUGGAUUUCCUGAGCAGUGAUGACUGGGCCGCGAGGAAGGCGGCUGCCGAGGCGCUGGUGAAGAUCGCCGCCGUGGAGAGCGAAUCACUCUCUGAGUAUAAGGCAUCGUGCUUGAAGACUUUUGAGGCCAAGAGAUUUGAUAAGGUGAAGGCAGCAAGGGAGACGAUGAAUCAGAUGAUUGAAGCUUGGAAGGAAAUUCCAGAUCUGCCUGAUGAGUUCUCGCCGCUGCCGGAAUCGGAGGCCUCAUCUAAACAAAAUGCCAGCGAUGGUUGUUACCCUCCUGUUUCCAAGACUGCCUGCUCUGUUGGGUCUAAUAAUCUUUUAGCAAGGAGAAGAAGCCCUCUGGACACCCCGGCUACCAGGACGCCCCGUGCUGAUGGUUCUCCAGCUUCGACUGCAAGAAAAAGAAGUCCUCUUGGUUCCAAUGUUAGGAAUACGGGCCCAGCGAUGUUCCAGAAGUUGGAUCGGAAGAAGCCCUCUGACUUGAAAGUUGAAAUUGUCACUCCUGCUGGUUGUUACGGUGUGGAAUUAUCCGAUGGUAAGGGUGAUCAUGUUAUGGAAACCAGCGAGGGAGAGAAGAAAGCGUUUGAAAAGUCGGGAAUCAAACGUGCCCUUUUCAAGGAGAACAAUGGGAAGCAGCAUAAGCUUGGUUUCUUCAGAGGUGGCUCUCGUGUCGUUCCAUGUGGUGACACCAGCGUCGUCGUUAGUAAUGAAACGGGAGAUAUCUGUAGGAACCACAGAGAGUGUGAUGACUUAUCUUUGAUACGAACGCAACUUCUUCAGAUUGAAAGUCAGCAAUCCAAUUUGAUGGACAUGCUUCAGAAAUUUAUUGGAAGCUCACAGAAGGGACUGAAUUCCCUUGAGGCACGUGUACACGGUCUCGAGCUAGCUUUGGAUGAAAUUUCAUUCGAUCUAGCUGUCUCAACCGGAAGGAUGUCACAAAAUGGUGCUGCUGGAGCUAUGUGCUGCAAGCUACCCGGUACCGACUUCUUGAGCUCAAAACUGUGGAGAAAAGCAGGAUCUCGUUCUUCAACCUCUCGAUUACCUGCUGCUUCUAAUGGAAACCCAUCAGUUUUUGGAAAUGGACAAGGGUUUCCCAUGGAACACCGAAGGUUUCUCCAAGGUCGCCAUGCGCUUGUCAUGAACCCACUGGCCAAAAUCCCGAGUGGCUCCCCGGCACUCCCUGAAGUUUCCUCAAGUGGACUUGUAUAUAAUAGUACUGCUUGAUGUGCGUCGUCCUUUCAUGGCUACUAGAGGUGAUGGGCCAAGUAGAGAUUGUGCUGCAUAUAUAUGAAUUUGCCAACUAUAGCUUUGAUUUUGGAGAAUACUAAUACUCUUGCUAGCCGGGCAUACACACGGUUUCCUCGGUGAAACAAGGAUCAAGAGAACGAUCCUAGCACCGGUAUCAGUCCUUAGAUUCCUCGUUUCUGCACGAGUGCACGAGCCCCGUGAGUCGAAGAAGAACCAAGACCGUCCAUCGGCAGGUACGGUGAGUGUGUUCAUCAUCAGAGAAAUGGACACACUUUAUGCACAUAUGCUCGAGAAAUGAAAAGCUUCUGCUUCAAUAUUUUCUUUAUGUAGUGAUAGAAUUUGUUGUAACUCUUUAUUGAGUUGAAUGAUGGCGAAUUGAAUGAUAUGAUGAGCUUAGAAUUUGUUGUCACUCUUUAUUUUCUAAGAAACUUGAUUGUGUUGUGUUUUCUGCUCAUAA